UCCGCUGCGCCGGAAGCGCUGCGCCGCCGUUCCGCUUCCGGGGCCGCGCGCCUUCCUUUCCGCCGCGGGCUCGCGCGAGGUCUCGCCCGGUGCCUGUGCUCGGCGUGAGACGCGCAAGAUGCAGAACGACGCCGGCGAGUUCGUGGACCUCUACGUGCCGCGGAAAUGCUCUGCUAGCAACCGAAUAAUUGGUGCCAAGGAUCAUGCUUCUAUUCAGAUAAAUAUUUCUGAGGUUGACAAGGUAACAGGCAGAGUCAAUGGCCAGUUCAAAACGUAUGCCAUUUGUGGAGCAAUUCGUAGGAUGGGGGAAUCGGAUGACUCCAUUCUGCGUCUGGCAAAAAAUGAUGGAAUUGUUUCCAAGAAUUUCUAACUGAAGAAACUGGUAUGGAACGUUUGGUGUAAAAUAAACAGUUCAAAUCUA